GGACAAGAUGCCGGAAGCGGCGUCGGCAGCCACGUGGGUCAACGCGCUCGGCUUCAGCGGCGGCGUGAUCCUCUCGAUCUGCACGGUGCCGCAGAUCUACUCGAUCGUCAAGACCAAGUCGGCCGGCGAUGUCUCGAUGGUCUUUACCGUCAUGUACUUUUUCGGCGUCGCGACGUCGGCGGCCUACAUGUUUCUCAUCGACGCCUACGCCGCCGCGUGGCCGCUGGCGAUCGAAACCAUCUUUGGCGCGUCGCUCUGCUUCCUCGUCUACUACUACACGCGCGCGCGCCGGGCGCCGUACGAUGUCAUUGCGUCGGCCCACCACCGAGAAGCCGACAUGCAGCACGAGCUCAAGCUGCUGCAAGCCAGCCUCGAGCUCGCUGUUUGGUUCGAGUCGGCGCUGAGAACCCUCGAAGCCGACAUGGGUGUUGGCUUGGACGUCACGCGCCCGCCCUUGGCGCUCACAGUUACGUUCAAGGCGCCGUGCGCGAUGUUCGCCCAGCUCUACCCGUUCAUGGUCAUCCAAGCUGGCCUCGCACGCGUCGCGAUUGCAGCGCCGAGCGUCUCGGAGACCGACUUGGCGGCCUUGCUCGCCGAGUGUCGGACCAUGGGCAAGCGGUCGUUUGAUGCACCGACGUCGAUCCAAGUGCAAGGCUCGUACCGGCAGCUCGCCGACGCGAUGUAGAGACUCCUUUUUAGAUACUAGAAGCGCAUGGCGCUAGGUUUACGCCAACGCAUCCAUUUGUCUUGUGGCUCGACAAUAUACGUGGCAGCAUGAAGUCGUGAAAUG